AUGUUGUGUCUGGAAGAGUUAAAGCAGCGUUUGGAGGACGCGGGCCAGACGCACGUCCUCCAGUUUUGGUCUGAGUUAAAUGAAUCCGAGAGAGCGGUUUUUUACCAGGAGCUGUGUCAGCUGGAUGUGUCCGGGCUGAAGGAGCACUGUGAGGCGGCCGCCGCUGCAGCAGCCGCGGUCCCGGACAGUCUGGAUGAACUCAUGGAGCCUGUGCCUCCGGAGGCGAUGGGAGGCACAAGGAGCAGUGACAGCGCUGCACUACAGGACUGGGAACAUGAAGGACUUUGCCAAAUCUCAAAGAAUCGAGUCGGGGUUCUCCUCCUUGCUGGUGGACAGGGGACCCGCUUGGGUGUUAAGUACCCCAAGGGAAUGUACGAUGUGGGGUUGCCCAGUGGAAAAACAUUGUAUCAAAUACAAGCUGAACGCAUUCAUAAAAUCCAAGAACUGGCAGAAGCAAAGCAUGGAACCAAAUGUACUGUCCCAUGGUACAUAAUGACAAGUGAGUUUACACUGAAUCCAACUGAAACGUUUUUCAAAGAAAACAACUACUUUGGCCUUGACCCACAGAAUAUCUUCAUGUUUGAGCAGAGAAUGAUCCCAGCAGUGACUUUUGACGGAAAAGUUAUCCUUCAGGGUAAAGGGAAAAUUGCCAUGGCACCAGAUGGAAACGGGGGCUUGUAUCAGGCUCUGGAGGACAACAAUGUGUUGGAGGACAUGAAGACCAGAGGGGUGGAGUAUUUGCAUGUCUACUGCGUAGACAACAUCCUGGUUAAGAUGGCCGACCCAGUAUUCAUCGGAUUCUGUGUCAGUAAAGGAGCUGAUUGUGGAGCCAAGGUGGUGCAGAAGGCCUGCCCUUCAGAGCCUGUAGGGGUGGUGUGCAGGGUGCAGGGCGUGGCUCAGGUGGUGGAGUACAGUGAGGUCCACAGCUCCACAGUGGAGCUCAGAGGAAAGAGCGGAGAGCUGGUCUACAGCGCAGGCAACAUCUGCAAUCACUUCUUCACUCGGCUCUUUCUGCAGGAUGUGGCAAUGAAUCAUAAGAAACACUUGAAGCAGCAUGUUGCACUUAAGAAGGUGCCUUUCAUUGACAAAUGUGGAAAUGAAGUCAGGCCGACAAAACCAAACGGCAUAAAGAUGGAGAAGUUUGUUUUUGAUGUCUUUCCCUUUUCAAGGAGCUUUGUGGUAUUUGAGGUUGUGAGGGAGGAUGAGUUUUCUCCUCUGAAGAACGCAGACGGAGCGGACAGUCCCUCCACGGCCCGAAACGCACUGCUGCAGCUGCACUGUCGCUGGGCCUCUGCCGCUGGAGCCAUUCUGUUGGACGAAGACGGAAAUGCCGUUAAUACUGGCAGAGACUCAGGAACGAUCAAUGCUCCAGCUAAAUUUGAGAUCUCGCCAUUGGUGUCCUACUUCGGGGAGGGUCUAGAGAAGCUGAUAGGAAAGACUUAUCAAUCUGAGUUGUUUCUUGACAAAGAGCCAUAG